AUGCCAGGUAGCCCCAAGAAAAGGAAAACGAAGUGGAAAGCUAUGGAUUCCGACCUCAAAGCACCUGAAGGGCAAGAAGGUGUGGUGAAGAGAGCGCGUGCUCAGGCUGGGUCAACCACCAAUCAAGUGGAUGAGUCGCAACACCCUCGACGGUCAGGACAUCCAGGCGCUGGGAAGGGAGGUAGAGACACUCAGCUGGAGAAAAUUGGCGCCAUCUUGCAUGCCCCAACACAGACCAACCAAGCCAAGGGUAAUACAUCCCUUGAUCCGAACAUUCCUGCAAAUCCUCUUGCUCCAGAACCGCCUCGAAAGGGUCGCGGAAGCCGUUCCAAGAAGAAGCAGCCUCCUCCACCAUAUAGCCCCUCGGAGACGUUAGAUGUAGUGACCUCAAAAUCAUGCUCAAAGAACAAGACUCCUGUCUCUCUUGCCCCGAGCUCUGAGUCAUUUAACAGUCAACCAGCUUUUGCACCAUGUGAAGCUGGCGGCCGAUAUGGAUUUUUGCCCCCAAUCGCUUCCAUCGUCCCCCCCGGCACGGAACCAAAUAUUAAUGCAUUAAAUAAUGCCAUCAUGGCCAAUGCUAGGAGGCUCCAUGCACUGUCUACUCCCGACACCUCCCAAAGUCAGACUCCCAUUGGUACCUCUAACUUGUCCCAAUCUCAAGCUCGUGUUUCUGAAACUCACCAUCCAAUCACUGCUCCUCGCACCAAAGAUCCAGUACCUUCCAAGACAACUUCAACUACUGCAAUGCUAUCAAACACCAACUUCUAUGAUAAUUUGGAUCCUGCCCUCCGGUUGAGUGCACCACCAAAUCCAGAUUCUGAAGAGUCAAGCAUGUCGAAGGAUGGGGAUUCAUCUAGUUCAGAUGAAGGUGGUGAAGAUGAGCAGAUCAGUUGGGGAGAAGUUCGUUUUUCAAGGGAAGAACUACCAUCCCAAUCUCAAGUGGCGACUGCGCUGCCAACCAAUUUCGAAUUCCAGCACUCACACGACAAAGAUGACCAAGUGGCUGAGAGAGUUUUGGCGGUUGAUGGUGAUUUAAGUGAGAGUAGUGCGGCGACAGAUCAAGAGAGUGCUCCCCAGCCAGACGAUGUCUUGAGAGCUCACCACGAGAGAAACGGCUAUCCCCGCCUUCCUGACCCCGCCCUUCUAGAACUUCUCCGCUCUGCUGAGAAUCGGAAAUUGAAAUUGAAUGCGGAAAACACAUCCGAUGAUGAAGGGCCCAAAGCUUCUCAACUGGGAUGGUAUAGUUCGCGCUGGAAGAGUUUUCUUGAAGAUGUGAAGGGGGAGUGUCGCACCCAGCAAGCAUUAGAAAAUCCAUUUCCAAGCCUUGUUGUUGACAUGCCGGUCUCAAUCACUGAAUGUCUUUCAGCAUCCCUCGUGCAAUGGCUCAAAACCAGCCACCAAGUUGACGCUGGUGUGUGGCCCAAACACAAACCAGACAUGGCGAGGCUGUUGUAUGAUGACCUGGCAACUUGGCGUUCUGAGCUCAAAAAAAUCGUCAUUGCUAUCGCACCUUCUGCAUAUGGCCUUGUCCCACCAGCUGAUAUUCCCAUUCAAGAACACGCAGCUUGGGUUGAAGCUGCCGCUGCAGAUUUGCUGGACGAUGGCAAGUUUUUGCGCUAUGGACUGGACAAUUUAGGGAAAACAAGGAACUUCGCUCACCCCGCAUUUUUUGAAGCUAUCAUUCUCUUCAUGUAUACCAGAACUUAUUGCAUUGCUCGUAGGCAACCAGAUAUUUUUCGGAAACAGGUACCAUUGAAGUGUUUGGCUCUCAUUUGUACAGCAUUCCACUGCAUCCUGCAAGGCCUCGCGAAACACGGCAAUGGCAAGCUCUAUCCGAAGUUUACCGCCAAGGAGUACAAGACUGUUUAUAUGGCAAUGCUUGGUCUACUCAAAAACAUCAAGAACAAUCCUUAUCACGGUCCGAAGCUGAUGCAUCAGCUUCAUGAAUGGGCUCAAGUCGGAUGGGUGGAGGCAUCCAAACACGACAGCAUCAACACAUCAAAGCACCAUAACCUACGGGUGCAGCUUGAUUGA